AGUGAGGCGCCGGAGCAUCAAACUGAUGCUGGGCUACAGUUAACGCCUGAAGAAAACUUACGACAUGAUUCUACCAUUCAAACAUCUCCUCCGAAACAUGAUGAUGAGUCAAUUAACGUAAAAUGAGUUUGUGACGUGAAAUCCAUCUUUUAAAGUUAUGUUGUUGUGCAUUGUAUGCACAAAAAAGUAUAUGGUUGCCAUGUUCCAGUAUUAAAUUUUAAAGUUAUGUUUUCCUCGGUAUUUUCUAUUUUACAAACUUUCGUAUUUUAUGGCAUUUCGUUUGUAUUUCACUGGUACAAUUGUCUAUUUUACAAACUUUUUUUUUUUUGUAUUUCUAUGUAUUUCCACCCCCACAGAAUCAAUCUAAUCCUGGCCCUAUUUCUGUGUAUUUAGUAAUUCUCCAACCUUAUAUUUUUAUGUUAUGAUUUUGUUUUAAAUUUUGAUUUUUUCUUAUUCAAAAGGGUGUUGGACCAAAGUUACAUGAGGAAGUUCCGGAAAUUGUAGUAACCGCCGGAAAUUUAAGAGCAGAUACACGUAAAGCUUCAUCUGAAGAGAUUAAUUGGGCGGACGAAGGAUCUUUCAAUUCAACAGAGGGAAUGGUCGCAGAGAUGCUCAUUGAGUUUCCUCUAGAAACUCGUGUACCAGAAGCAGGUGCGGGAAUACAACCCGGGGACAUCACUGAUCAUUCAAUUUUAGAGACUCCACACAGGUUCGAUGAGAACAUUACUAAGUCACAAUGGUUGAUCCCUGACGAAAUGUUACCAAGCCAAAUAGGUUCGUCAGGAUUAUCUGUGUUUCAUCAAACUGGUCACAAAGGAUUUGUUAUGCCAGUAAUGUCUGCUGAUAAAGGAAUACAACAACCAGUGAUUAAUGCGGAAGUUGUAAUUGCUCAACCAGAUGUUAUUCCAACUAGGAUAGUCAAACCUAGUAAAUACUUCAGUUCACCUUACAUGACCAAUUACGGCUCUGCAGAAGCUUCUGUUCAAGACCCCACACCUUCCAUAUUUGAAAAGAAGCAUCCAUUUGUUGAAGAUCCAAUUAAUGGCCCGCGAAAUACUUCGCUUAUUCAACAAUACCGGAAUUGGCUUGAACAGGAUCUACUUCUAAGGCAUGAUAAAAAAAAGGGUAAGGAAAGCCGUUACAAAAUGAAUAAGCAAGCUUUGGAUCCAGAUGACAUCAAUUUUGGCUUCAAUUUUGGUGUGUUACAUGUUGACGACAAAAACUGGUUCUAUCUCUUAUCGAUGAAUGGCAGUCUUGGAAUGAUGAGGUGCUAUAUUUCCCAUUCCCUCUUUUCCCAUAUUUCUCUAUAUUUCUCUAUAUUUCCCAUAUUUCUCGAUAUUCCUUCUCAUAUUGAUGUCAUUUUUUACUACUUGCGGAAGAAAGGCAAGUACGACAAGGAUAACAGAUUCAAAUUCACAACUGUUGAUUGUAUGUUCUUCUCCAAAAUUGAUGAAAUUCAUCGUGCAUAUGCUAAUCCGGAGGGGAACAGUAGUGUUGCCAGUUCGGAGAACGAAAUGUGCGAGUACAUUAACGGGCAUAGGAUGCUGGCUAAUGUGCCAUGGCAUACAGUUGAUUGUGUUCUUAUCCCUGUCAACAUCAAAGAGGAAAAUCACUGGAUCUUGAUUAUAGUGCCAUUCACUGACAGGCGUCUGUACAUCUACAACUCAUACCGAGCUGCUGGUCAUGAUGCUGUUGUUAGAAGAGAAAUACACAAGAUAGCUACCCUAUUGCCACAUCAUCUACAUUUGUCUGGAUUUUAUGAGAAAAAAAAAGGCAUCGAUUGGAUUAACCACCCAUCAUACAAGGGCAAACAACAGACUGAUGACUUUCAUGUCAUGUAUGUGAACGACCUGCCACAACAAGCCUCUGGCAGCAUGGAUUGUGGUGUGUAUGUUGCCGCAUUUGCUGAAUACUUUUGUUCUGGACGAGGCGUUCCAUCUGAAAUUGAUGCAGAAACACUACGUAAUAGAUACGGGGCAUUAAUAUGGGAAUACGGAUGGCAAAAGGCUGAUUUGAAUGCCUUCAGUGACAAUGAACUGCCGCCAAGACCAGUUAGGCCUGCCAUAGAUUACAACGCGGUCGACACAGUAGUUGUUAAUUAGUCCACUAGGUUUUAAUGUUCAAUCGUUUUUCACAGUACUGUUUUGCUGACCAUUUUUCUACAUUUUGUUGUGUUGUUUUGUAAAGAAUUGACAAAUGGCAGUGUUUUUUCAUCAAUGACUUAACUAAUUUCUUUCACGACUAUUUUUUGUUUAAGUCUCCCAUAUUUUUAUUUAUCGUUUAAUGAAAACAGUCUCUGGUGUAUUUUCAAUAUAUUCCAAUGUUA